AUGUCAUUUAGAGGUAAAGGUCAAAAUAGAACAUUAUUACCCUUUGGAUUAGAUUAUAGUGAUGUUUUAUCAACAGACUAUGAUGUUGAAAAACCAAAAAUAAUACUACCGAUUAACGCCCCAUUAAAUGAUCAAGAAUCCAUUCAAGCCAAACAAUCUAUCAACAUGUCUAAAUUGAUCUAUGAUGGUCCAUUCUAUAUUGGAUCAGGAGAAAAUAAAAUCACUACUGAUGGGAUUGAAAGACAUAGUGAUAAAUAUAAGAAAGUAAAGAAAAUAGGGACUACAAUAGAUGAACAUCCAUAUAAUUUAAGUUUCUUUCCCCAAGAAUUGCAUUCAGUAAUGGGAGUUUCAAAGAGUAAAAAAUUGGGAUUAUCAAGCUAUAAGACCAAUGGAGGUAUAAAUCAAUUCGAAAUCACCGAUACUGUUGAAAAAUUGAAUCAUAUGGCAGAAUCUCUAGAUACCAAUGAAGAACAUAGAGAACAUGAAGAAGAGGAAGAAGAAGAAGUUGAAGAUGAAUUUGAUGAUGAUGAAGAUGAUGAUUAUAAUGCAGAAAAAUAUUUCGAUGAUGGUAAUGAUGAUUAUGGGGAUAAUGACGAUAAUGAAGAAGCGGAAUUUUGA